UAGCUUCCGUCCCCAUCCUAAAGAGAGAAGCGAAAAUUCGAUUUUUUUCUCUGGGUUUUUGAUCUUUUUUUAGGGUUUCUCGGAAUUUGGAUGGAAACCUCACCUUCUUCUUUACAUAAUCAUCAAGGAAGGUUUCUUCGUCACAGCUGUAGCUCUUGUUGUCGUUGUUUCUGCUGCUUUUUCAGCUAAGAGAAUUCGAUUCCGCAUCCUCCAGAAACCCUUCUUCUCUCCUUCUCUCUCGUCCUCAAAUUUUGAAUUUUGGGGGGAUUGGCUCUUUUGAUUUUGAUCAUGGACCGUGCUCAAUCGGAUCUCUCGUUGGGUUUCGGUAGCUCCCACGCGUUGCCGCUACCUCCUCCGAGAAUCCCGAUUGCUGAUGACUCAAUCACGCUUCAGAUUGACUCCAGCUUCCGUCCAUCGUCUAAUCCGAUGCCUCCUGUUCCGCUUCAGCUGCUCGAGCAGAGAUUCGACGACGCCGGAUCGCGUAGCCGGGUCUUCGAGGAACCCGAUGACGUUGAUAAUCAUAACGAUGAUGAUGAUGAUGGUGAUGAUCAAAGGGAAGAGGAGCAGUUCAUCCUAUUGGGUCAUCCGAUGAAGCUAAAACGGUCUAGAGGUAGCAAUUCAAUGUCAUCUCCAAGCCCUUGUAAGAGAUUUGCAGCUGAUUCGGGGGUAGAAGGUAGACGAGCCGCCGUUAAAGCGUGGGGUGACCAGUCGCUUGAAGAAGCUGAUCCUGAGAUUCACGAGUUCAUGGAAAAGGAGAAACAGAGGCAAUUUAGAGGAAUAGAGCUCAUUGCUUCUGAGAAUUUCGUGUGCCGAGCAGUAAUGGAAGCUUUGGGAAGCCAUUUGACCAAUAAGUACUCGGAAGGGAUGCCUGGAGCGAGAUACUACACGGGGAAUCAGUAUAUUGAUCAGAUUGAGAUUCUUUGCCAAGAACGUGCGCUUGCAGCUUUUGGACUUCAUCAUGAGAAAUGGGGAGUUAAUGUGCAGCCUUACUCUUGUACUUCCGCAAAUUUUGCUGUUUUCACUGGUCUUUUGAUGCCUGGUGACCGAAUUAUGGGAUUGGAUUCUCCAUCAGGUGGUCAUAUGAGUCAUGGGUAUUACACACCAGGUGGAAAGAAAGUCUCUGGUGCGUCUAUAUUCUUCGAGAGCUUUCCAUAUAAGGUCGACCCUCGUACAGGUUAUAUUGAUUAUGAUAAGCUUGAGGAGAAGGCGCUUGACUAUCGUCCAAAGAUACUUAUUUGUGGAGGGAGUUCAUAUCCCAGAGACUGGGAGUUCCCUAGGUUUAGGCAUGUUGCAGACAAAUGUGGAGCUGUUCUGAUGUUUGACAUGGCACAAAUUAGCGGUCUUGUGGCAGCCAAGGAAUGUCCAAAUCCAUUCGAUUACUGCGAUAUUGUUACCUCAACGACACACAAGUCUCUACGUGGACCUAGGGGCGGUAUCAUAUUUUACAGGAGAGGCUUGAAGUCUAAGAAGCAAAGUAUCAAUCUUAAUCACUGUGAAAGCAAUAUCCAGUAUGAUUUUGAAGAAAAAAUAAACUUUUCUGUCUUCCCAUCGCUGCAAGGGGGGCCUCACAAUAACCAUAUAGCUGCGCUAGCAAUUGCCCUGAAGCAGGCCGCUUCACCUGAGUACAAGGUUUACAUGCGACAGGUCAAGAAAAAUGCUAAGGCUUUAGCAUCUGCUUUGAUAAGCAAAAACUGCAAGUUGGUAACGGGUGGCACCGAUAAUCAUUUGCUUCUUUGGGAUCUGACUCCUUUCGGCUUGACAGGAAAGGUGUAUGAAAAAGUGUGCGAGAUGUGCCAUAUCACGGUCAACAAAGUUGCCAUUUUCAGCGAUAACGGUGUUAUUUCCCCUGGAGGAGUGAGAAUAGGCAGUCCGGCUAUGACCUCAAGAGGUUGUUUGGAAUCGGAUUUUGAGACAAUGGCUGACUUUCUAUAUAGAGCUGCUCAGAUAGCAAGUGCUGCACAAAAGGAGCAUGGGAAGUUGCAGAAGGAGCCGCUCAAAAGCAUCUAUCACUGUAAAGACAUUGCAGAUCUUCGGAACCAAGUUGAGGCUUUUGCUUCCCAGUUUGCUAUGCCUGCGUUUGACAUUUAAAGUCAGCCUGAAGAACGAGAUCUGCUCAAUCUCUCUCAUUUUUUGUUGCCAUGGUAAUCUAAACCCACACACCCAUUUCUGAUUUCUCUAUUUUACAAUAUAAUAUGCUAAAUUUAGAUCAACAUUCGGGGACAAAAAAAAAAAAAAAAGAAAGAAACUUUCUUGUGUUGCUAUGGUCGUAAAUCGUAAUUCUUCAAUGCUUGUGUACAUAGACAUUGGGGGUGUGACUGUGUUGGGUAUUAGUGUAUCCCUUUACGUUCUUUGCGAGUGGUAAUAAUAGAACAUGAUUCACAUGAACAAAAA